AUGUCAUGGCUCGGCGGAAGCGUCGAAGCUGCCAUGCUACACGGCAGCAGGCUCAACGCUGAGAGGUAUGCUGAGCUUCUACCACAGUACAUUCGCCAGGCUUCACGGGAUCGACCGAAGCUCCAUCUACCCGUCUACAGACACGAUGGCAAUUUCCAGCGGCGACAUUUUCAUGAUUACUUCGUAACCCACCUGCCAUCAUCCUCAUUGCACCCAGACUCGCGGCCAGCAGCAGGAGCCUCCCAGAAGCUCGAUCGCAAAGCCUCAACCCCGCACACAGGCGGUAAUCGAGCUGUCCCUCCGGCACAUUCUACGAUCGCAAGAGACACUACAGUAGUGAGAAUUCCUCUUAAGAGCGCGAAGCAUCACUAUGGCGCAUGUGUAUCAAGAGGAAGCAGGCCUUACAAUGAAGACUCCCAUCAAGCAGGAGUCAUUGAAAUGCCGGCUUUCUCCAAACGACCUCCGAAGUCUGUACAGCUGAAACCUGCAGCUGGAGAGGCUCGAGGUGUAGGUACCGCGAAAGGCGAUCCACAGGUCUUCUACUUUGGGGUCUUCGAUGGGCACGGCGGAGCAGAAUGUAGUGGAUAUCUGAAGGAUGAGCUACAUGGCUACCUCGAGCGAACAGCCGAGCAGUUCCAGCUUCAGUCAACCUUGCAGAACCGCUCAGGAAAGAUAGCUGUAGGUAGUGAAGGAGAAAAUGUAAAAAAGGAAGCCAGGAAAGCCCUUGAUUCCGUGAACAUAGCUCGCAAGGAGGAUGUGCCUGAGAAAGUCGCGCAGGGACAUCAGGACAGCGAAGAGCCCGCAUCUAUGGGGAGCGCCGAGCCAGUCUCGCAGGAUGCAGAUCAGAACAGCAUCAGAGAACUGGAAAAAGACUUGGUACAAAACUGGAAGAAGCUUGUUGGUGGCUAUUUCCGACGUUUCAAACCUGCCUACUUCUCCAUAUACGGUUCCAAUACCGAGUCCGAGAAAGACCCAAAAUCCGACAAUACUAGGGAACAGGAAGCCGAAGGUUCUGUGAUCGAAGAGGUUGUAACGUAUGCUUUUCUGAAAGCCGACUACGAUUUUGUGUCAGCCCAGGCUGCUAGGGAAGCAGAAUCUCGUGACGCUGUGAAGGCAGAAAAGCCUCUGAACGAUGACGAUGACCAUAUACUUGGCUCGCCCGAGGCAAGAGAGCUAAAGAAGCAAAGACACAGGUCAUUCAAAGGCGGCAGUACGUGUAGUAUUGCUAUUGUCUCCACUCCCACUCCGACUCCUUUUUGGAACCCAUCGACUUCCUCUUCGAUGCUGGUGGCACAUGUUGGCGAUACCAGAGUACUACUCUGCUCGACGGCUACUGGUGUGGCUGUUCCUUUGACGACAGACCAUCAUCCUUCUUCGCCUGUUGAGGCGACCCGACUACGACGAUAUGCAGCCACUUUUGUGACCGACUCGUUUGGAGAAGAACGGAUAUCAGGACUAGCUAAUACAAGAGCAUUUGGGGAUAUUGGAUCGAAACGGAUAGGAGUCAGCGCCGAACCCGAGAUCCGUCGAGUCGAGCUUGGCGCUGCUGAGUAUUCUUUUAUGGUGCUGGUCUCGGAUGGAGUGUCUGGCACACUCGGCGACCAGGAGAUCGUUGACAUUGUUAAAGAGGCUAAGACACCUGAACAAGCUGCUCGAGACAUUGUCAAUUUUGCUACAGAAGUCACUACAGAAGGUGAUAAUGCUACUUGUCUUGUGGUCCGUCUUGGCGGAUGGGAGCGGCGCCAAGAGGGCGGAUUUGGCAGUAUGGGCACCAAGGAGAGUCGCGACUACAAGAGACAGGAUGCAAUGAACCCGCGCAGCAGUAUGAGGUAG